AUGCCACCGGAAAAUUGUUACGCUGAGGUAACGGAUGAAGACUCUGGAGAUGAAGACUUGGUGUCACUUCAAAAUUUGCCGGGAUCUCAACUAUGGGCUGCUGCUGAGGUCCAGUAUGGCAACAGCUGUGACGAUCGGAAUAGUGAUGAUCUAUCAUUAGCCGAAGUAAACAAAAGGCGACGUCUAAAAUUUGAAAAUGAAUGUGCUUCCACAUCCCAAGCCUCGCUUCUUCAAGGACAAAUAGAUGAUCCGGUUUCACCUGCUGUACCAGUACCUUCUACUUCAACAAAUGCUCCAACUAUGACCAACUUCAAAAAUACUAAAUAUGCUUGGAGUUCAAGAGAUAUUCAGCCUACGCACAGUGAUUGA